AUGGCUUUUAGAUUUCGUAUUCCAAAUAUUGGCUUUCGGAAACGCAUGUCAUGGUCUGAUUUCACCGUUGCUUGCAUUGUGGGUGUCCUAGCUGGUAUUUACACAUUCAAGCCUGGCCUUCAACAAGCCAAAGACGAGAUUGAAAGACGCGAAGCAUUAAAAGAGAUCCAAGCACGACGAAAGGCGGAAAUGGAGCAAGAAAAAAAUCUGCGAGCGACGAAAUGA